AUAUUACCAUUUGCCUGAAAUUGAUGUUUAUUUGUCAUAACCUAUAUAGCAAAACUUUGAAAUCAAAAUACAUAAAUUCCAAAUAGAUUAAGUUAAUACAAAAAAAAAAACAUGGAAACAAAGUGUACCGGUACACCAGGAAAAAUUAUCUCAGAGGUUUUAGAUAUUAACAGUAAAGAGAACAUAAAUCAAAGCAACUAUCUGAAGAAAAAGAAGUGUCACGAUGAGGGAAAAGAGAAAUUGAGUAGUAAACAAAAUUACGAGAAAACCAAUGAAACAAAGAAAUUAGAAAUGCACAAAAUGAUAACAAGAGAAGACCUACAGGAGUUAUGCGAUCAAUUGUCUUCUUUCAACAAGAGGAUCCAGAACGCUCAGGAGAUGAUUCAACUGAGAUAUGACCUUCCCAAUGAGAUGAGAGACAAACUGGAGACAGAGGCUGGAGAGCUGGACUGUCUGUACAAGGAGAUACACGGUGCUGCCAAUAACCUUGAGACUAUCCGGUGUCAAAGGGAAGCAGUGGCGAAGGAGAAACUUUGUAUGGAAUCACAACUGGCUCGACUCAAAAAUGAUGUUAUCAAUGAGCUAGAGGUGAUAGUGUCUGUGUACGACACUCCGAUGUUGGAAAGGUGGACAGAAAUCAAGGCACAGAACUCUGUGGCAGCUACAGAGAUAUUCCUGCAUGAUGUCAAGGGUAAACUGCAAGCAAUGAAAAAUUUGCAAACACUUGCAAGCCAAAAGCUGUUGGAUCUACAGAAAGAAAGCAGAAAGGAGGAGAAAUCAACAAAGAAGGAGAAGAAGAAGAAGAGGGUCCGUGAGGAGAGGGGAGCUAGGGACCUCAAUGCUGCAGACUCCUCCCACACAUCUCUGGCUUUCCUCAUGGAGUGAUUCAGACUCAGAGGACAUAGUCGACGACCCCUGUGUCCACAGUGUCCUGUACAGCCUAGUAUGUGACCAGGUUUUGAAUCUGCCAGCCUGGACUCAGGGCCACCUUGAUAUUGACUAAGCGAAUCUUAAAUCAUCUUCAUCUAAACCUUACCAGGCAGUUAAAAAUAUUCAUGUUAUAAAUUAUAAAGUUCUAAAUUAUAGCUUAUUAUGGAAUUCAUACAUUUAUAUGAGUUAUAUAUGUAUUACUGUUUUCUUCAUACAAUGGGAAAUUGGAGAUUUUUUCAAUUUAAAAUCACCAAAAAAUAAAUUAAAUAAAACUAACAUUAGGAUUUGUGUUCA